UCUCCUAGCCUAGUACCGCCCCCCCCCCCCCCCCGUACCUGCACGGCCGCACCGCCCCGCAUCGAGCUCGUCCCCUUCCCCCGCGCUGCGGAUUCCCCGAGAGAGAGAGAUCCGGCAUGGGGCUCUGGGACUCGCUGCUCAACUGGCUCCGAAGCUUGUUUUUUAAGCAGGAGAUGGAGCUCUCCUUGGUUGGGCUGCAAAAUGCUGGAAAGACAUCUCUAGUCAAUGCUGUCGCUACUGGUGGCUACAGCGAGGACAUGAUUCCAACUGUAGGCUUUAAUAUGCGGAAAGUUACCAAAGGAAAUGUCACAAUUAAACUUUGGGACCUUGGUGGGCAACGGAGAUUCCGGACAAUGUGGGAGCGCUACUGCCGAGGAGUUUCUGCUAUUCUAUAUGUGGUGGAUGCUGCUGAUCGAGAUAGUGUCCCAAUAGCAAAAAGUGAAUUGCAUGAUCUGCUGACGAAAAAGUCUUUAGCUGGGAUUCCCUUGCUUGUCCUUGGCAACAAAAUUGACAAGUCUGAAGCGCUUUCUAAGCAGGCAUUGGUUGACCAACUUGGAUUGGAAUCUAUACAGGAUCGUGAAGUUUGUUGCUACAUGAUCUCCUGCAAGGAUUCUGUGAACAUAGACGUUGUCAUUGACUGGCUUAUCAAGCACUCUAGAACAGCAAAGUAGCUUCUGUGUGUUUGUAUCACUUGAUGCACGGUGAUUUUAGUGUACCUCUGAAUCACCACUUUCCGCUUCCUGGUCCAGAUGUUAAAAGCGACCACCUUAUAAUCUAUGAUCUCUUCGGUGUCAGACAAACAGCAUGGUGUCUAGUACUUGAACAUCUGAACCUUUGUACUCCUUUGUAAAUGCCUUGGAAUAUUUGAUUAUUCUUUAUUGUGGACAUCUAGUGUUCUCUUU